AUCACUAGUAUUACGUAAGGAUUAAAUCAAAUCAAUCAUGGUAUUUACUGUGUGUGAUCGGCAUCUGAUUGUAGCCGCUUUACACGUAAAUUUGUUAUGCAUGUUAAACGUACGUUCGUCCUUAUUUAAGGCUUUAAUAAUCAGACUAAUUAAAAGAACAAACAAAACCAGCGGCCAUUGAGGAUGAAUUGGUUCCCACUCCCACGCCUUGCAUUCUUCCUCUCACUCCUCUUCACACUCCUUCCCUUCCAUCUUCAAUCAAUCUCCACCGGCACAGAUUACAUCCGUCGAAGCUGCAACUCAACAGACUACCCUAAGCUCUGCUUCAGGACGCUCUCCCGCUAUGCCAGAGUCGUCCAAUCAGAUCCGGCUAGGCUGGCCCGCGUCGCCGUAUCCGUCACGCACUCUUACGUCCAUGGAGUCGCCGCCUACCUGUCCAAUAUUUCCCAUGAAGUUGACGCAACUCCAAUCAAAGACUGCGUCGGCUUUCUGAGCGACGCGGCGGAGGAGAUUGGUGAUUCGUUAGGGCAGAUGCGGGAGAUGGGGAAGGACCCAGGAGCUCCAGGGUUUAGAUUCAACGUCAGCAACGUCGAGACGUGGAUGAGUGCAGCCUUCACGUACCAGGACAAUUGUAAAGACGAGCUUGAGGAUGUCAGGGAUAUUGCAGAGGUGAAGAAGGAUGUGUUUGAUCGGGUGGAUCGUGUGCUGAAGAUUACGUCCAAUGCACUUGCAUUUGUUACUAUCUAUUUUGAUUCGUUGCUUAAACCAUCCCCAUCGCCAUCGCCGUCGCCGUGAUUACAUUUUUUUUCAUAGAUCGAGUUUAAUUGCUUUAGGGACUGAUUCCCUGGGCAUCCAUGUUUGAUCUUUGAUUUCCUGUAACUUUUUUCAUAGAGUUUGAAUUUCCCUGAUACA